GUAACAUCGCAAAUUACCUCUCAUCCACACGCUCUCAGACCCCAUACCAACGCGCCGCCGCAGCGACUCUAUUGCAACCCCUCUGGAGGCACUCGCAACUCGGCGACAGCGCUGGGCGCAUCGCAUCCUAUCGUUUGGCGUUCUCGCGCUGGCUUCGCAAUCCUGAUACUGCGCUCAUCUUCAUACUGCUUGUUUCGCACUGCGCUCUCAACGCGACUGCGAUUCGCAGAUCUCACAGAGCGCGAAUGGAGCGCUGACAGGCCCAAGCAGCCUCCAUAAUAAUCAAACAAUGCAAGUCGACUAUGGCGACGAGCCAGAUUCGGAUCAUAGCCUCCACCUUACAGCCAACUACGAGCACGCGGCGAACAACGGCAACCCGGCGUUUUCACCAUUUCGGCACCCUUCCGCUGGUGUACCAGCAAUUGAUCCGAGCCUUGAGCAGAGCACAGGUGCCAACCGCAAUGGACAUGCGCCUAUGUCUGUGAUCUCUCACUCUGCGCCAAACAACCUGCUUCAGCCCGACAAUGCCUCGCUCAUUAGUGCACACCUUGCCAACGGCUUCUAUGGAGACAUGGCGCGCAACUCACAGCCUCCUUCCACGCCCUCGAAUGCCUCGCCGCGCUACUCCGCCGCAGUAACGCCCACCAGCCAGGCGAAGCACGCAGCCCCCAGCUACACGCCAGACGAUCGCUCUCUUCCUUCGCAAGACGUGUCCGACGACACUAUCGACAAUGCCUUCGCCAGCUUUAUCUUGUACUGCAAUCCUAGCUUCGCCCUAUCCACAGACACGUCUGAACUAGUGAAGCUCUUUCGAAUGCCGCCAAAGAGUGACGGAAACGCCUUCAGCACAUGGGCACUGUUCGAGUUGAUAGGAAAGUUCAGCACCGGAGAGAUCAAAACCUGGACACAAUUAGCUUUGGAUCUUGGCGUAUCACCGCCAGACACCGUCAAGGGACAGAGCACACAGAAAGUCCAGCAAUACUCUGUGAGAUUGAAGCGAUGGAUGCGCGCUAUGCACAUUGAUGCCUUCUUCGAGUACAUGCUUGGCAAGCAACACCCUUACUACCUACAAAUACCUCCACCACACGAUCCUUUCCCAGAAGAAGGCCGAGAUGGUGUAUCACUGGAAGAGGAUCUGGCCAUCCGAGCACUUGACCCCAAGUUCAAGCCGAAACGUGGGCGACGCAAAGCUGAUGAUGUGGACGAGGAAUUGGAAGCUGAAAUCGACACUCCCGCGCGCAAGCGACCUCAGCUUGAUACUUCGAUACCGUUCGGCAAUGCACUACAACCGCAGUCAGCGUAUCCUACCAGUGCUCACCCUGAUCAUCACAUGGGCGGUUUCUUAACACCACACGACCCUUGGACAGCAGCAUCUGCGAUCACUCCUGCCUCUGUUCUAAAUGCUUCCCAUCGUUUGAAGCAGAAUGAGAACCUGACUCCGUACUCCGCGUCGCCUAUGUCUGGAGGACAACAUAUUCGUUGGCGACUCAACUCACAGGAGCCAGCGACGCCCCAUCCGUUAUCGGCUGUAACGCCAUCGUCCGCGCAUCAUUUCUUCGACGAACCUCAGUCAGCAGUGACCCCGUCCAGUGCAAGACCACGCGCACGACGUCGUCAUGGACCAGCUGUCUCGUCAGCCUGGUCGGCCAGUAGCACAACGCCUGGCGGAAAGCCACGAGGCCGACCACCCAGCAAUCGCUCUACUCGAGAUGGACCUUUCGUGACGUUCCCCGUUAACCCAAGCAGGGAAGGCACACCUGUUGACGUGCAAAGGCACUCCGGCGCUCUGACGCCAGCUGUAGAGCGAGCACAGUCUAAAUCACCACCACCUGAGCCAGUUUUUCGUUUUCCACCGACACCGGCAUCAGCACUCCCGCCCUCGACAGGAGAAUCGCCAGUCAUAAGUGCUGGCGGAACUCAAAGACAACGUCUGAGCCUACAAGUACCGCAGAAUAUCGGCAACCCCGUACGCCUCAUUACCCCCACUGUACUCGUCAAUGGUGAGGAAGGUCCUACCCCAAGCACCGCAGCUGCAUCCUCUGCAAUCAGCUUUGGGUCUGAGCGGAGCUUUUCGGCGCAUUCCUUUGGAGGCAACACUCAUCACAAAUUCCACGGUCACUUCACUCCGAUCGAGACUCCAGCUCAACCACAGCCACCGCCACGAUCACAAAGCGAGGCAACUAUAUCGACAUCAACGCCUUCGCUCCCGUCGAUACCGCUCGACACACUCAAUCGUGCCUUAGCUGCCGAACUUAUUCGUGCGCCACUUACUGGUCGGUGUAAGCGUCUGCGAGGUAAUGAAGCGAAGAACCUGGCUUCGGCGAUACUGCUUCCACUCUACUCCAAGCCUUCAGGUGGACACACACCACCAGCAAAGGUCCUGAGCGAUCAGGUACUAGGCAUAGCAAUCAGCAGCUGUCUCGGACUAUCGAACGCAGCAGGCAUCGAUCUGGGAGGAUCAAGUGGCGGAGUCAAGAGAGUCGAGUGCGCACGUUUCCGCGUGGGAGGCGAUGGGUAUGAGAGUCCCAUUGAAGACAACGAAGAUGACACAGAGAGCAUGAAUGGCUCCGGAAUGGUCAAAGAGACAUUCGAUGUCUUUUUCGCCGUGUCGUUCGGUGGGCUGUCCGGCGAGUGGACAGCUAAAGGUCUGCACGCUACAGCCGAGGAUACUCAGCACAAGGAUACGGUGGCAGGUGCGCAGGAGCCGGAUCGUGUGGAACCCGGUGAACACGCGACGGCAGCGUGGAAGAAAAAGUUCCAGGAUGCGCAGAGGAAGUUGUGGGAGAGUCAGGAAGAAGUCAAAAAUCUGAAAGAGAAGAUCCUCGAGGCCGUGUUGUAAGCUGGAAUUUGGUGCUUGUUUCUUGACUGGUUUUGCUAUAUACCCCAAUAUUUCGACAUCCUUGGUACGUGGUUCUUGGUAGCUCCUGCGAAGAGCGUGUACAGCCUUCUUGUUGUUUGUAUACAGAACAUGGGCUUGUCUGGACAAGCUCACAGCAACUAAUGCCCGUACCGGGUAUCGUGG